AAGUAUUUUAAUUGUGCCGUUUUGAUGGAAUAGAAUCAAAGUUUUUUGUAUUAAGUUGGUUUAUAUGUGAAUGGAACUUUCCUGUUCUUAUCUGUGUGCUUUUGACUGUAAAAAUUUAGCCCCCUCUUUCAAUGGAUUGUUCCUCCACAAGGGUACAAGACAGUAGACAGUACAGACCAUUUGCACACUCGAGGCUGUAUUUAGGUUUAUGCUCCAAGCCACCAGAGAUAGGAUUAACGUUACUUGGACGACACUCGCAGAUUUGCAAGCUACAGUUUUGAGCAAUGCUUUAGAAAUCAUACCAAGCUUAUAAGAAACUUGAGUGUUAUAUUUUUCGAAGGUUGCAAAGGCUUUCCUUUUUUGAGGGGGGGGGGUGUCUUGAAUAAUAGUGCUGACAAGGAGGUGCAAAUAUGCUGAAGUAUAAAAUGUACUUCAAACCAAAAACUCUGUAUCAGAGACUUAACUCACUCUUCAGGAGUUGUCAUGGUGAGAGUAGGGAGAAGCCUUCCUUUGAUCGAAUCAGGUUCAUCCAAGAGAACACUGAGAUCUCGACCAAUCACAUGACUCCUGAGAUCAAGCUCCACCUCAUCACUCCCCGCUGUGCAUUGUGGGAUAGCACUGCCGACCAGUGUCCAGUGAGCGACCCUUUCUGGGCUUUCUAUUGGCCAGGGGGCCAGGUACUGACCAGAUAUAUCUUGGAUCAUGGCAUUGUUGUGAAAGACAAGUCAGUGUUAGAUGUGGGCAGUGGGUGUGGAGCCAGUGCCAUUGCAGCAGCCAUGACUGGAGCAAGGCGUGUACUGGCUAAUGACAUAGACCCAGUUGCAGCCACUGCUGUCAAGAUGAAUGCAAAACUCAACAGUGUCAACCUGGAGAUAUCUACGGACAACCUGAUUGGCCAACGUCUCCACCAAUGGGAUGUUAUAUUUCUCGGUGACAUGUUCUACGAUGAAGAAUUUGCUUCUACGAUCUCUGAUUGGUUGAAGACUUUGCGGCAAUCAAACUCUUCCUGUCAAAUAUUAAUAGGGGAUCCUGGAAGGUUUUCAUUUGAGGAACAUCCAGCAAAAAGUCUUCUUCACAAAGUUGCAGAAUAUGAGCUAGAUGAAGUUUGUAGAAGAGAAAACAAUGGUUUAACACUUGGAGGUGUGUGGUCGUAUGAUCCAUCAAGGACAACAAAGUAGUUUACUC